AUGGCGUCGAACCAGUCUUCUUCUAUCCUUAUGGCUACUGUGGGCGAAGAAGUAGAAAAGGUGGUAGGACAUCAUCAGCUCAUCAGCGACUUCGUUCCCAGUUUCGAUUCACACUAUGAUUUCACCUCCCUAUCAAGUUCAAACACCAAGUAUACGGAUGUUGGUGACCCGUUGGACAAGUUAUAUGGGCGAGAUAUCUCGAGAAGCGAGCUCAGUGUGCUGGCGAUGCCUACGCUCCACUUGAGCUCGCCUCCGACUACCGUGUCUUUUCCGGAGAUUAAGGCGAAACUCACGCCGGGCACGUCUCAAGCUCCCGAUCAAUCGUCAAUAGCAACUUCGGACUGGGAAUUACUUAAAUCAGAACUUCAACAGUUAGUCCGAGACCAUGGGAAGGUUGCUUCAUAUCGAUUCUCUACCCGACAACAGCGCGUAAAACUCCGGCAGAAGAGAGCUACGUCAACGAAUUUGGGAAUCAAUCUGAUAAGGGAAUUAAAUGCUUAUUUCGCAAAGGAAGAUGUUUCUUCGCCUCUCCUGGCUGUGUUUGAGCAGUUCCAAAGUUCUUGGGCUGAAUAUCUGGCUAUAGAAUGCGAAUAUGACAACCAGGAGGACGAGCUUGACGAUCGAGAAUUUCAACUCGAGGAAACACAGGAGAGGAUAAAAUAUGCUGUUGAGCAGUAUGAUACGGACAAGGGAGCCAUUGCUAAACUCGGCUGUAGGGGAGAGCAAGCCAGCUUUGGUCCGAACAUUGUUUUCGAAGGCGGAGUGUACCAUCCGUUAAUGGCUGAAUACCUUUCUCGCUGCGGCACCCUCGACCUCGUCAAUGAAAGAUUAUGGGAACUUCGGGUAGAGCAUACAAAGGCAUUUGAUGACUACCAAAUGGGGCGGGGGCUGACUGAGGAACCGAACGAAUAUGCGAUUGACCUGCUCACCAAUUUCCAGAAAUAUGAAGAAGAAUUACUUCGCGAGAAAGAGGCUUUAGGACGAGAGACCGAGCAACUCAAGGCCCAAUGUGAUGAACUGGGCCUUUCUGAAGAGCCUUCACUCAUGGAGCCAGUAGAAGACCUUACGGAAAACACUGUAUUGGAUCACCUACAGUCCGUACCCCGGCUUAAACCCUGGGAAAAGGAUACCCCCCAAUUUUUUGAGUCCGCACUGGCCCAGGAACCCGUUGACACUGGAGACUUUAUCAACAAGUGGAUUUUUCAUCAACUUUGCCAAUCUUCCCUAGAAGUUCUCCACCUGAAAGAGAGUCUCAAGUCCGAAAACAUGAAGGUUGAGAGUGACGAAGAACUUCUUGAUCUGGCACUACGAUACUGGAAAUUCGAUGCAGCUAACAAACCAGUUCGCCGGCCCAUGUCAGAAAUCUGCUAUGAUACCUUUGACGCAGACAUGAUGCCUACCGAAAUGAAGGCUAAAAUGGAGGACCUAGAGAUCCCUAAUCCAAAUGUUAUACGCAGCUUCGAGGCUGAAUCUAUUCACGAUAGCCAUAAAAAGGCUCCUAUAAUUGAUGAUACCCCUGCCAAUAAGCACUCGAACACCCGCCCUGGGCUUUACCAUAGCAAGUCUGAGUGUGACGUGCCUCUCGGCAAUAAAGCCCAACGUAACUUCGGCCGAGGCCAAGCUUCUUCAGCAAUUUUUCAUUACGAUCUACCGCUUCAGUACCGCUGA